AUGAAAUCUAUCCACCUGUCAUUCUGCGGCCUUUUGGCUGUCGUCUCGGCGGCAAAUUGCACCCACAAGCUUCGCAGUAUCGUCUAUUUUGACCAAUAUCACACCACAGCACUACCGUCCAAGGAUGUGACGGCUGGUAUAACCCAUGUUGUCAUGGCGUUUGCCAAUUCCUCCCUAUUCAUUGGCGAUACCGCUGGGGAGUAUACCCCAUUCAUGGAGGUUGACCAAGUGCGCUCCAUGUUUGACGCAGACGCCCAGAUUGGAAUUGCCAUUGGUGGCUGGGGGGACACGACUGGAUUCGGCGAGGGUGCCAAGGAUGAAGCAUCCCGAACGGAAUAUGCAUCAAAUGUGGCAGCCAUGUUGGACUCGCACGGCUUUGACUUUGUCGAUGUCGAUUGGGAGUAUCCGGGAGGCAACGGAGCCGACUACAAGCAGAUCCCCAACUCGGACAAGGUUGACGAGAUUACCACAUUCCCUCUGCUGCUCGGCGCCAUCAAGGCUGCCAUUGGCAACAAGGCAUUGUCCAUUGCUACCCCGGGCCUGGAGAAGGACAUGAUUGCCUACACCCCCGAGCACGCCCAGCAGAUCUGGGACGCAGUAGACUUUGUCAACGUCAUGACCUAUGACUUGAUUACUCGCCGUGACAACGCCACCAAGCACCACAGCGAUGUCCACGGCUCGCUUGAGUCCAUCGAGCGAUACUUGUCACUGGGUCUGACUGCCGAUAAGAUCAAUCUCGGCCUCGCCUUUUACGCAAAGUACUUCCAGACGCAGCCCGGUGUGAACUGCACCGAGGUUGGCCCAGUUGGCUGCCCCCUCGUCAAGGCUGAGAACGAUGACGGCAGUGACGCUGGAACGAGCGGGGCCAUUACUUUCGAAACUGGCAAUGUGAGCCCGACUGUGCCCACCAACCUGACCUCGAGCGCCGACGGCACCUGUGGCGUCGGCACCUUUUCCUCGUGCCAGGACUACGCCGAUGGCACAUGCUGCAGCUCAUCCGGCUACUGUGGGUCAACCAGCGCUCACUGCGGCGCCGGCUGCCAGUCUGCCUAUGGAACUUGCACAGGCCCAUCUAUCUCUGAUUCCUUCCUCGACGCCCUCGAAUAUGGAGUGACAGACGAGGCUGCCGGCGGCCAGUGGUGGUGGGAUGAGGAGGCCGAGAUCUUCUGGACCUGGGACACGGCUUCUCUGAUCCAGCGAAAGUUCCAGGACAUUGUCGCCGCCAAGGGUCUGGGUGGUGUCAUGGCUUGGUCCUUGGGCGAGGACAGCUAUGACUGGAGUCGCCUUACUGCCAUGGUGCAAGGUGUUAAGAACCUGUCGAGAUAG